UGCUGUCCAGGUACACUUCAGGUGUACUGUGACAUGGACUCACUAGAAGGACGGUGGACAGUGUUCCAGAGGAGGAUGGACGGCUCGGUGAACUUCUACAGGCCCUGGGAUCACUACAAGAUGGGCUUUGGUGUCGCUGCAGGAGAGUACUGGCUCGGUCUUGAGAAUCUCUUCCACCUGACUCUGAGGAAAAAGUAUGAGCUGCUGGUCGACAUGGAGGACUUUGAUGGAAACAAAGUGUUCGCUCGUUACUCCUUGUUCUCCGUCAACCCAGAGUCCUACGGAUACAUGCUGCAUGUGGCUGGAUUCACUGAUGGAGGUGCAGCUGACUCCCUGAGUUAUCACAAUGGACAGAAAUUCUCCACCUUUGACAGAGACCAGGACACCUGGGAGGGAGGGAACUGUGCCAGAACCUACUUGGGGGCGUUCUGGUAUAACGACUGUCACGUAGCAAAUCCAAAUGGUGUUUAUCGAUGGGGGGCUGAUGGCACACUCUUUGCUGUUGGAGUGGAGUGGUCUGGAUGGAAGGGUUAUGACUACUCCCUAAUCAGUAUGAAGAUCCGUCCUGUGCAGUAGUCUUUUUAUUCUUUUCUCUCUGUAGUUCAUAAUCUCAGAUAAUCUUUAGAUGGAAACAGACACAUAGGGUCUGAUAACAUGUUCACUCUAUUUUCUGCAAACACAAUUUACAGCAAAUGAAAUGACAAAGAAAACAUGAUAAAAAAAAUUAAAAGCCUAAUAAUAAAAUCCUGCAGACAAACACACACUUAGCUUUAAAGUCAAACUAACAGCUCACACACUGAUCAGUAUCGUCUCUCUUUUGACCUACAACUGAACAAAUUACCAACAUAAUUAAACAAAUUUGUAACUUUGACAUGUUGAUGCUGUUCCUGCAUUUUAGCUGGAUAAAAAGAGGUAUUAGACGUUCAGACCAAAUGUCACCCUGCACUGGGUGUCUGAACACAACGCUUGUUGGAGGUUUGACACACUGAUGUGAAUCAUUAUCUGCUGUAUGGAGACAAUAAAUGAGAAACUGAGCAGAAGUCUGA